AUGGAUGCCCUUGAGAACAACAACAUGGAUCAUGACAAGGCUUUCUCCGAGUUGGAGGAGGAGUUGACCAGAUGCACUUGGACCACUACCACUCGCAGCAAGAAGAAGUCUGACAAGUCUCCGAGCAAGGAUGAGAAAUCACCAAAGGGCCGAGGGCAAAGGAACAAGGAUGACAAGCAUGGUGACAAGAAGAGAAACUUUGCUAAGGACAAGUCGAAGUCUCCUUCCGGGCAGGACAGGAAUGCACAUUCUGACCGAUCGAGCACAUUUGCCCAGUCACCUGAUAGUGGUUACCGCUCAAAGAAAUCUCCUGGCCCAGAGCAAGUGCGCUCUCAAGAACUUGAAGCCUCCAGCCAAGGAGGCAUGGCUUCCACGCCGUCUCCCGUUCGCUCGGCAGAAACGAACAAUGCCAGCCCACCAUUGCCUUCACGCACUACUCCAGCUUGGAGUAAUGCUGCUGAGAGCAAAUCUUUGUUUGCACCAAAGCCGAUUUCUCCAGCAUCAACGAGUCAAAAGAGCGAAAACGGCAAGAACGAUGCAGAUGGUUCUGCAAAUGCGGCAUCCAUGGAUACUUUGGACCCGGCAAGCGCCAACUCAGAUCAACGAGCUCUUGAACCUCAACAGUCGGCGAAAUCAUCGCAGAACACCCAAAGCGAGAAUCUGCUUGAAGUCGAAGUCAACCGCAAAGAAGAGAACCAAAAUGCCAACAUUUUGCCUAACACGUCUUCGAGUUUUGCGGAGGAACACACUCUUGGCAAGAACGAUACAAAUCCUGCACAGAUCAAUCCUGCGCAUCAAGACCUCAAUCAGAAUAUUGCGCACGACCAGUUUCAAAAGAUGUAUCCCAUGGGAAUGAUGUCGUCGGCGAUGGGUGUUCAAAGUUCUGCAAAUAUUCCUGCCGACAGCGGGGUACCGAUGUAUGGCAUGGGAGCGAGUGGAAUGUUUUCAAACCAGAGCAGGCUGCCUCAGGUCAAUGGGCAGUCUCGCAUGGAUUCAUAUGGGGUCAACAGGGAUGGUCAGAGCCAGAUGUCGAUGAAACAGAACGCGGGGGCUGCAAGUGUACAGCAGCAAAUGAUGCAACAGGCUACCAUGAUGAAUUGGCAAGCGAACAUGAUGAACUGGAACAUGGCUCCAACACAGAUGACUCCCAUGUUUCCCGUCCAAUUCACCAAUUAUGGUGCGGUGCACGGUCAGAUGUAUGGAGGACAACCAUAUCCGCAACAAAAUGCCUUCAGUGGUCAGAAGGGAUAUUCCAACCUCAAUAAGAAGCAAACAUUCACUGGAAAUAUGCCCAACGCGCCCCAUAUGAUGCACCCAGACAUGAACAAUUAUCGCGAUAUGAUGAAGAUGGCUUCUGCUGCCGGUGCUUAUCAGAAUGGGUCUGGUGCCUUCAGUUAUAUGCCAGCAAAUGCAUCCAUGUACGGCAUGGAUCUGAUGGGAGCGUAUGGCAUGCAAGGCUUUUCCAACGUGAAUGGCAUGAACGGAAUGCAUGAUUCCAUGAUGCAACCUGCUGUUGACGUGAAGUAA